CCUCUAAUUUUUUGCUUGCAGGCGAAUAAAUCAUGGCUGCCAGUCUGGGAAAAACAUCAAGCGACUCAAUUGGCAUACCUGGACGACAAAAUCAGACUCUUAAGGUACAAGAGCCAAAUGACCUAAGUAUAAUUGCAAGUCCCAAGCUUUCACCUACAUCAGUGGUGUCACUUGCUGACACUGAAAAGCUUGGCGUACCCUUAAAAACACCAUGGACUUUCUGGUAUGACCGUUACAAACGUGGUUUGUCUGCUGCUGAAUACGAAGCAAACUUAAAGAAAAUUUAUACAGUAAGAACAGUGGAGGGAUUUUGGAGUGUCUACAACAACAUACCUCUUGUUGGUGAGAUUGGUCUUGGUAGCUAUCAUUUAAUGCGAGACGAGAGGCGUCCGUUAUGGGAAGAUGAAUGCAACGUUAAAGGUGGUUAUUGGAAGAUGAGAUGCCCAAAAAACAAAACUAGUACUGUUUGGAAGGAGUUGCUGUUGGCACUUAUAGGAGAACAGUUUGAUGGUGCUGUUGGAAAAGGUGAUCUGAUUGUUGGUGCAAGUGUUAGUGUUCGAGAUAGGGAUGACAUCUUGCAGAUUUGGAACAACGAUAGCACUCAAAUAAACGAGGCAAAGGUUUUAGAUAAACUUGCAAAGAUCAUCCCAGACUUUGACACAACAGGCGCUUUUUAUAAACAACACCAAGCACAUGAAGCGUUCGAGUUAACAUCGGGAAGAAAUCGCAAGUCUUCGGGUGGUGGCCAGUCGCCGUUUGGAAAUCUUCGUUCAAGCCCCUUCUCGUCGAGAUAAUAAUUAACUCUGUUUUGUUUUUGUUUAUUCGCCGUAUGACGGCUGCAACACCUGCUCAAAUCCAGCCUAUUCAUGACCUGUUCAACUACACCUCGGUCCUACUUCGUGUCAGUCUCUUUCUCUAUGUUGUAACUAGGAUUUUAUUUUUUUGUAGAGCAUUCAUUCGCUAUAUAUGUUUGCAAUGAUGAAACAUAAUGUCUUUUUAAAAUUGUAAAUAAGAAUUUUGUGUCCCCACUUUUAAUUUUACACGAAAUUUUGUUGUUAAUGUUGUUGUUGUUGUUUUUUUUACACUUUUUUACUGUUGUUUUUCUGAUGUCUACGUCACUUCGUCUGCCAUGUUUUUAUGCGUAAUGUAAUUAUAAUAUGCCACUUAAUUACCAGUUCCCUGUGGUUGGCAGCUGUAUAACUUGUAAAUUUGUAAAUAAGAAUUUGAUAUGUGUGUGACAAAAGGGCAAAAGGAAAAAUUUCUUUUUUAACCGAAACAAAAUAUCGCUUCUCUAAAUUGCGUCUGGCUUGUUGGCUGAUUUUAGUGUCUCUAAAGAACGAUUUAAACUUACUAACCAUUCAGGGUUGGUUCCUUGCUACUCGAAUUUUCCCAAAUUACCUUGAGUUUUGAACUACACACGGCUUUUUAUAAGAACCUGUAACAUCUGCUUACUGUUCUUAUUUUUUAGGCUGAUAUGUUCUUAUUUUGUUCGUAAAAGUAAGAACACUGCUUCGGAAGUGUUUUUGUUGCUAAUAGAGUUCUAUAAUCGUGUUGGUGAUAAAUCGAUAAUCGGUAGCUUGAGAGAUUUAAAACAGACUUAUAUUCUGGAUUGUACUUAUUUUAUAGCAGUUUAUUUGAGCCUAAAGCUGUUUUCAUGUUGUUCUUAUUUCUCGGCAAAAUCUGAGGCUGGUGUUCUUAAAACAUUGUUCUUAUAAGAAAGCGUGUCUACAAUGACAACAACUUUGUGUUAUUUUUUUGUCUUUGUUUGCGUUCAUCUUUUUGUGUGAUAUCACUGUUCCCUCAGUUUUAUCUAAAUAACUUUCACGUUUCUUUUUAUAACUUUACCUGUUUUUUCAAUUUAGUGGUCCUAAUUAUUUCCCUGUGCACUGUAACGUAACUCGCUUUGACAACAUCCCGGAAAACAUUUUCCUUUUCUGUCAUGUAUUAUUAUAGUCAGUGAAAAUAUUUUUAGCCAUCUUAAAA